CUCAAAUAAACCAUAUAUUGUCGUAGUCGUGUGGUUCAAUUAAUGAAAAUAGUUAAAUCUUCUGUUUGUUCAGCAAGUUUCUUCUGCGAGGCGUAUUUGGAGUUUCAGCACGAAAGCGCCCUCUGGCCUUUGGAUGGAGAUUUACUGCUGAUCACAGAACCGUGCUUCACUGAAAGAUACGCAUGACAAUCUUAGCUUCUGCCUAAUUGCGAUUUAUUGCCUUUUUGCGAUUUAUUUCGAUUAAUCAUGCAACCCUAGUUAGAAUUGAUUUAUGUUGCUUGCUAGUCUUCUUUCUUGCAUCUUGGCCAAUAUUAUUAUUUUUUACAUUUGUCAAUAUAGGAUUAAAUUGUGAAUGCUCAUUCUUUAGCUAUAUAUUUUUUGACAUUUAUUGUAUUACAUUGGCAUCUAAUGAUCAGUGAUGAUAUUUAUCCAGUAAAUUAUAAUGCUGUGAUGGCCAAAAUUGAAUUAAUCCCUGUAAAAUUUUAAAUGAUUGAUUUUAGAUAUUAUGUAGACAAUUUUUUUUAGUUUAGUUGGUACAAUUUAGUUGGUUGGCUAGAUUCCCUAGGAAUUAAACCUGCGUUACUAGUGCCAUGCUCUACUGUUUGAGCUACAGGAAGGCAUAGAGGCCAAUAAACAUCAGUGGCUGUUGGUUGUUUUGUAUCAGAGUGUUGUUAACUUGUCUGGUGUUUGAUGGUGCAGGUUGAAGUAACCUUGAAACUUACAAAUUCUUGAAACUGUAACAAUUUUCUUUUUCUGCAGUCUAAGCAAAGGGAUUUCCUUGAGAAAAUGUAAAUCCAGAUUCAUCUUGUUACACUUUCUGAUACAAGACCAAGGUUAAAUUUGGACAGAUCACAGGACAGUGUAAGUCUGCACUGCACACUCUGAAGCAGAAGAUACAGACUCUCUUUAAUGUUGAUGCUGCUGAGACCGGUUUUCUCCACACUCCUCUGCCCUCGGAGAGGAUUCCAUGUGAUUUCCGUGUCUGAGCGAGGCAGCAGAAACGGCCUCUGCUGUAAUCAGUUCAGCCCGGUUGUUAUGUUUUGGCAAAGCCUCUGGCACAGGGGAAGCCUACAUGGGCUUCUCAGAUUCCUUCUCGAAAAACACUCUCAAGACCAGCUGUUGGAGAAGUAUUCAGACGCCCCAGAGAUGACCCACAAUUAUGAAAAUGAGGCCCAGCUCAACCUUCUGGUUGUCCUGCAUCGUCUAGCAGAGGAGUCCAGGGUGAAGGCCUUUGAGGAGAAAUCAGCAACCAUCAAAGUUCACCACGUCAGAGCUGUUGCGAAGAGUUCAGGCGCAGACCGGUUCAGCAUGGCUGCCUAUGAAUACAGGUGUUUAAUGUAGAGCUCUGCCAUGAAACUGUUAAAGAGCACACGUGGAUAAUGUGGAUGACAGGAACUCCCCAUCACACCCCUUUAAUUGUUCAAAGCGUUCACCGUGUGACCUAAAAUUUACUUAAAGACUUCAGAAUGUGUGAGCUACGUAUAUGGACUGUCUAAGAUGAACAUUUUACUUUAAUUCUUUCCUUAGAACUUUUAUGUCUACAAUGGAAUUUAUGUUACCUUGUUUCAGCGUUGUGCCCAUUAUUAGGCUGUGAUCCAUGAUAAAUUUCUCUUGCUUCUAGUUUUGUGUAAAUCAUGUAUGAUGGACAGUAUCUAGCUCAGAUAUCUAAAGCAACACGUGUGCCUCAUCUCUUUAGAUCAUAUUAUGUCUUAUUACCUGUUAAUAAACAAUUUGUACCACUUGUAA